GUAAUGGCGACGUCCCACAGUAGACGGAAGGGGAAUGAUAGUGCGAAAAGGUGCAUAGACUUAAUUGAGAGCUUGCCGAAUAUGCUACCUCCAAAGAUAACUGAUAUAUAUAGACCAGUAAAACGUAAUAGACUAACUAAUGAUACCCCAAAGUCAUCAAAUAACUCAUUCACUUCUAACGCAUCAACUCCUCGGAUCGAGAUUAAUAAGAAGGAUUCCAAUAGAAAGUGGUCAAAUCAGGAUUACAAGGAAACUUCUUCAUUGUACAAAGAGAGAGGACGUAAUAUAAAACAUUGGGGGGAUCGACAUUAUCAGUUAUCGACAAAAGCCACUGGGGAUGAAAGUGAUUACCUGAGGGUUUUAGCUGCAUGUGAGCUACUGGAUGCCGUUCUUAUGUAUGCCUAUGCAUUCUGGUGUGAAGACAGAAUCAAUGGAACUUUAUUACAAAAUUGGAAUAGUUUGGAGCCAUUAGCGAAGUUUAGUAGAAGUAAAUGCGAUUCGUUAACGGUGAAUUCAUUAGUUAAUCGUACACUUAUCGAUCAAUUACAGGGAUUGGCAUUGAUGUUAUAUGGAUUAGUGUUAUUUCAAAUAUCAACUAUAGAAUCAACCCAGAGUUAUCACAAAUCGCUCAAACUUCAAAAAGCACCUUCUAGUGACGUGAAUGAAAUGCAACAGCGUACGAACGAAUUACUAGUCAGAAAUAUAGAAAACCACAAACGUAAAGAUAAGGCUGCUGAAAUGUUGGAUAAAUCAAGGUUGAAAUUUCCUUCAUAUAAUCUCAGGGUUAAAUUCCCCCGUACAUGGGCUAGAGCUGUGGGCGGGAUGAUCGAGACGGAAAAUGACGAUGAUAGUGAAGAAUAUGAGGAAUUGGAGAAUGACGCACAAAGAGCAUCUGAAUUGGGUGUUUCAUCACAUUUGGUUCAACGCGUAAAAAUCGGCACAGUUGAUGGCGAGAGAUUAGAUCCAGACAAUAUUUUAGGUCCUGGUGGAUCUUCAGGUGGUGGAUUUGCCUGGCCAUUAUUAGAAGGUGGAUUCUCGCAUGAUUGGUGGCCACAUAUCGUUGUUUUCUCACGUAGUAUUUUGGAUGAAUUCGGUCAGAUUGUUCGAUUACACGAUUUCCACACCGGUGAUAAAAGAGGAUAUGAUAAAUUGAAAUAAAUAAACUAUUUUUUAUGUAUUCUUUUAUUAUUUUUAUUAUUCUUUAAAAGUCUAUGAUUAAUUGUUGUCCAAAUUUACGUAAAUCCAAUUCCCAACUUGGCUGUGAUAUGCUAGCUUUGUUGGUGAACCAGCAGCAGGUAUCUGGUGCGCCUACACCCCAAUGGCAGGUUGAUGCGAAUAAACAGAGUAACAAAACGAAGCAAUACGGACAUGGCUUCUGGUAUAUAACGUAGCUCAACAUGAAGAGACUAAGGAUGAUUGGAGAUGCAGUUGGGAACGGUAAUAAGAACAUUAAAAGCCACCAUCUCUAUCAGUUUUCUUAUCAGGCCGUUCAUAGUAAUAUUGACAAAAUAAG